UGAUCCAUUUUUUCGAUGCUGUCAAAGCAGACCGCACACGGAGCUGGCUCUACGCCGCCUGCUCGCUCUCCUACCUGGGUGCCAUGGUCUCCAGCAACUCGGCUCUGCAGUUCGUCAUCUUUCUUCUCUAGGUCCUGGGCAAAUCUUGCAAGCCCAUCCCAGUCAUGCUCCUAGGGGUGACACUGCUGCGGAAGAAGUACCCCCCAGCCAAGUACCUCUGCGUGCUCCUCAUCGUGGCUGGCGUGGCCCUGUUCCUCUACAAACCCAAGAAGGCUGUGGGGAGUGAGGAGCACGUCUUUGGCUACGGGGAGCUCCUCCUGCUGCUGUCUCUGACCCUGGAUGGGCUGACAGGGGUAUCUCAGGACCACAUGAGGGCUCACUACCAGACGGGCUCCAACCACAUGAUGCUGAACGUUAACCUCUGGUCUACCUUGUUCCUGGGGGCUGGGAUCCUGUUCACGGGAGAGCUCUGGGAGUUCCUGAGUUUCACAGAACGCUACCCCAGCAUCAUCUCCAACAUCCUGCUGUUCGGGCUGACCAGUGCCCUGGGGCAGAGUUUUAUUUUCAUGACUGUGGUGUAUUUCGGGCCUCUGACUUGUUCCAUCAUCACCACGACCCGCAAGUUCUUCACCAUCUUGGCGUCAGUCAUUCUGUUUGCCAACCCCAUCAGCACCAUGCAGUGGGUGGGGACAGUCCUGGUGUUCCUGG